UGGCUUGUACCUGCAAGGCGUCUUAAAGUAAAGCAUUCGUGUGAGUGUUGGGAGCAAAGUUCUUCGUUUGCGAACACCUCAUCGUCUUAUUUUACGCUGGUGAAUACCGUCCAGCGUCAUUCUGUGGAAAUAUGAUACUGAGAUUCUGCACCAGAACUGUGGUAAAGAUGGGCAUGGUGAAACCCUGUGCCUUAGUCAGUUCCUGCCAUUUGAUGAAGCCUGUAUCAAGGACUUGGGUUAAUGGCAGAUGCCUGACCUACCAACAAGCCCUGCCAACUCAGCCAGUGCCCACACUUCAGCAUACCUGUGAGCGCUACCUCAUACUCCUGGAGCCCUUUGUGGAGGUGAAUGAGCUGAAGAGAACAAAACAGCUGGUUCAAGAAUUCCUGAAACCAGGAGGCGUUGGAGAAAAACUGCAGAAAGGCCUAGAAAAGAAGGCUCUCAAUACUGACAACUGGUUAGCAGACUAUAUGGUGCAGACUGACUAUCUUGACAACCGUCUGCCUGUGGUGGCUUAUUCAAAUAUCAGUGGUUCCUUUCCCCGAAUGGACUUCAGGGAUAAGCAGGGACAAAUAAGGUGUGCUGCCAAAGUGAUAAGAGCUAUUUUGGACUUCAAGACUAUGAUUGACAAUGAGACGAUACCAGUUGAUUACCUGAGAGGAAAACCCCUGUGUAUGAACCAGUAUUCCCAAUUGCUAUCAUCAUGCCGUAUUCCAGGCCUGGAGAUGGACUCUGUUGUGUUCCAUGGCAAGACUUCUUACCCUUCCAGAUACAUUACAUUGGCUUAUAACAGUCAGUUCUUUAUGGUGGAUGUCUACAAUAGUGAUGGGACUCCUUUGACUGUGCACCAGCUUUGUGUUCAGCUGGAGAGAAUAUGCAGCUCUUCGCUGGAGACCAGCACAGAGCCUGUUGGCAUCCUCACCUCCUUAAAUCGUGACUCCUGGAGCAAAUGCUAUGACAGAUUGAUCCAAGAUAAGCCCAACAAAGAAGCGCUGUCAGCUAUCCAGAGGAGCAUCUGUGUAGUAUGUUUGGAUAAAGCCAUGCCUCAAGUGCCCGAUGACAUGUACUCCAGAGGUAAUGUCCUCCAGAUGAUGCAUGGAGGAGGCAGCCAGUGGAACAGUGCCAACCGCUGGUUUGAUAAAUCAGUACAGUUCAUUAUUGGAGAAGAUGGGGCAUUUGGUAACAACGUCUCGCAUAGUUGUGCAGAUGGUACAAUUGGUAUGACCUUGACUGAUUAUGUUUCAGCAUCCAUCAAGAAACUAGAGAUCAUAGAGUCUCCCACGGUGCCUUUGCCCACACCUCAGAAACUACACUUCAACAUCACAGCUGACAUCAAAAAAGCAAUUGAGGAGGCCAAACAAAGCAUUGAUAAAAUCGUCCAAGACCUGGAUUUCAGUAUUCUCUCAUUCAGCCACUAUGGGAAAAACUUUCUAAAAGCAAACAAGAUGAGUCCUGAUCCUUUCAUACAGAUGGCUAUACAGCUGGCCUACUACAGGGUGCACCGGCAGCACUGUGCAUCUUAUGAAGCUGCCUCAAUGCGACUGUUCAGGCAGGGACGUGUAGGUGAAAUCCCCUCAACUUCAAGUGCCUCAGUUGCCUUUGUCAUGGCUUUUAAUGACCCAAACAAGAAGAACACAGAGAAAGUGGAUCUUUUGAGGAAAGCUAUAGAAGUGCACAAGUGGAACACUAGCAUGGAAAUUAGUGGACAGACAGUCUUUGGGCACUUCCUGGGUCUACAGCACCAAGCAACUGAGAAAAAUAUUCCCAUGCCGGACAUCUUCACAGACGCCUCCUUUGAUAGAGUUUUUGACUAUCGACUUGCUACAAGUCAGGUGCAGUCCAAAUCUGGUUGUCUCCCAUGUGCUUGCCCUUAUCAACGUAAAACGUAUGAUAUAUGCUAUACUCUUUUGAAGGAUGACAUGGCUUUUGUGAUGUCAGCCUUCAAAACAAACACAGAAAAUAAUUCAGAAGAGCUGAAAAAAGCUGUGGAGGAUGCACUGCUGGACAUGAGGACCAUACUGUGAAAACAAAGACAUGAAUAAAGUGGUGGCUUUUCACUUUUGUUGAAUGCAACAUUUGCUUGACCAACACUGUUGGUCAAGCAAAUGUUUAUGCUGGUAAAAAGAAAUGAUCAGUUGUAGUCAAUUGUAAUCACUAAUGAGAAGUUUAUACAAGUUUGUACAACUUAUUAAAAGAUUUAAGUGAGUUAUAUAUUUGAACCUGUAUACAUUUGAUGCCAAGUGUUAGAGAAAAUCUAAAAUGAAUUCAAACUUGUCCAGGCAAUUCUGUUUUUGAAGUCAAUUUGACGCCUAUUUUUGUGUUAAAAAAGAAGUACAGGUGGCUAAAAAGAUAUUUAAUUAUUGUGAAGCGAAAAGGUCUCCAUCCAUUCUGUUUUAAGGCUCAUAUAUAUGACCAUAAUGUCAAGGCUUAAUAGCAAGUACAAUGUGUCCAACUAAGUACCUAAUUAAAAAAACAAACUGAAAUGUAUGAUUUUACACAGAAUAUUUGAAAAAACUGUCCAGGAGAUUUUCUAUGAUAAAAUAUGCAAUUUGUCUGUCAACACAGAAGAACUGAUGGCAUGUGGAAGGUCCCCACACUUUUACCUUUUCCACAACUCAGAGGAUAUCACCAGGCCGAUCAGCUCUCUAGAGAUUUUUUUGUUUUGUCUCUGUAAUUCGUGGUUUUGUAUUUUGGUAUUUUAAUUCUGAGCCUUCAGUUGGUUAUGGUGUACGGGGGGAAAGGGUUUUCCGGUACUAUGUAAG